AUGAGGAUUUACUAUUUUCUGGAAAUGAAGAUAAUUGAAUUAAAGUAUGGAAGGUUCUUUGAUAAAAUUGUAUUGAUAUAAAAUUAUUCAUUAAAUAAGCAUAAUAAUGAGGUGAUAGCAUUAAGUUUAAAUUAAUCAGAAUCAUAAUUAGUUUCGUGUGCAGAUGGAAAGAAAUAAAAAUCAUUUGGGAAAGAAGAGAAUAAGAUAAGUAUGAAUUCAAAUAAUUUGUUAUAAUAGAUGAAAUUUAUAACAUAUUAUAAAAUAUAUCAUUGCUAAAUUGAAUUAUAGUUAUCAAUCACUUCAUCUUUAAAUAAUUAAUUUAAGAUUAUGGGCUUAAGGCUAAGUUUAUUAAAGGCAAUUAAUUUAUUUGGAUAUAUGGUGGUAAAGCAAUAGAUAAAUGUAAUGUAUUUAAAUUAAAAGAAGGAAUCUUUUAAGAAAAUUAAGAAAAGACUAUUCAAUUAAUUACAAAUAAUUAGAUCUUAAAUGAAUUUCACUUUCCAAUAAUAUAUAAUAAGGAGAAGAAUUUGAUAAUUGUAAGACAUAAAACAUAAAUUUAUCUCAUUAGAGAAAUGAAUGAUGGUAAGUUCAAAAUAGUUGAUUAAUUAAAUUGUGACACAUAUCCUGUUUAUGGGACUAUCACAAAUAAUGGACAAUAUUUGGUUUAUUUGGAUGAUAACAAGAUAGGAUAUUCAACAUAUGAAUUAUAAAAUAAAUGA